CGAAAAGUUCGUUUCAUUUCAGUUUGUUUAUUCCCUCCUUAUCAUGUCUGUUUAUACGGAAGCCGAUAUACAGCAGGAAUUAGAUGAUAUAUCUGCUUUUUGUGCUGACAUAAAUGAAGAAGAUGAAGUUUCAUGGCUUGGUCAACUGGAUCUUGAUGUUACACCAAAUCAGUCAGGAAUCAAUCAAUCCUUAGAUGUAUCAUCGUCAAUGCUUAAUGAAUUAGAUGAAAAUGCAAAAGACAGCUGGUUAUUUCCAGUUAAAGGAUUUGAGAAACGAGAUUAUCAGCUUAAUAUAAGUAAAUCAGCAUUAUUUAACAAUACAUUAGUAUUACUUCCGACCGGACUCGGAAAAACCUUUAUAGCAUCAGUAGUAAUUUACAAUUUCCUGCGAUGGUUUCCACAAUCAAAGAUAGUUUUUAUGGCACCAACAAGACCUCUUGUGCAUCAACAAAUGUCUGCUUGUUAUGAUGUAGUUGGAAUUCCGAAAACCGAGACAGCAGAAAUGACAGGAUUAACAAAAAGUAAGAAGAAACGCAAGGAAAAUUGGGACACAAAAAGAGUUUUCUUUGCUACGCCUCAAGUCAUUCAGUCAGAUUUAAAGGAAGGAUUAUUUCCAUCCACAUCCAUUAGAUUACUAGUUUUUGAUGAGGCUCAUAAAGCAAAAGGCGAUUAUGCUUAUUGUAAAGUCAUUGAAGCAAUUUAUCGAGUGAAUAACAAAUUUCGAGUAUUGGCACUAACUGCUACAGCAGGUAAAACUGCUGAUGUGAUACAAAUUAUUCAGAAUUUAUUAAUCUCAAAAAUUGAGCAUCGAUCAGAAGGUUCAAUUGAUGUGCACAGAUAUACACAUAAGAAAUUAAUUGAUAUAGUUCCAGUCAAGCUUUCUGCUGACAUCCAAGAAAUUUAUGAUACUUUCUUAAAAGUUGUGGAUCCAAUCAUAUUGGAACUUAGAAAACUUGGUUUAAUUCAGACCAAUCAAAUUUCAAAAGGAUACCUAAUCAUGCAAAGAAAGAAUCUUGGAGAAAAUCGUACAAUAUUGAAUAAUCAAAAAUCAAUAGCAUUUGGAAAUUUCUCAGCUGCAAUUGGAUUUUAUCAUGCCUUAGAAAUUCUGCAACGACAUAGUGUCCAUUUGUUCCUAAAGACUCUGAGAGAUGAUGAUGAUAAGAAGAAUUUCAAGUUCUUUAUAGCAAGAGAUUUUAAAAUGACAAAUUAUGUCAAGGAACUUGAAGAAAAAUACGAUCCGGUUAGUCCAUUUAAAAUAAAUAUACAUCCAAUGCCAAACGGAAGAGUUCCUGACUAUCCAGACAACGUAGAUUUUGGCCAUCCCAAGUUUGAUAUCCUGAAAACUAAGUUAAAGGAAUAUUUUGAUAAUAAUGGAACUAAAGCAAUCAUUUUCUGUGAAUAUCGAGAUACCACACAUUUAAUAUACGUUUUAUUACUUCAACUUCGGCCUCAAGUCAUGCCAAGUGCCUUAAUUGGACAAGGAGGCUCUUUGAGACAAAAAGAUCAGAUGCAAAUUAUGAAAAAUUUUCGUGAAGGUAAGACAAACACUUUAGUAUGUACUUGUGUCGCUGAAGAAGGCUUAGAUAUUGGAGAUGUUGAUCUAGUCAUCUGCUUUGACAUCAAUUCUAAGAGCGCUGUUAGAUUUGUUCAAAGAAUCGGAAGAACAGCUCGAAAGAGACAAGGAAAUGUUAUAGUUCUCGCCACAGAAGGAAAGGAACUAGCAAUUUCAAGAGACUUGCUGCAUUCAAAAGAUCAAAUGAACAAAAGUAUGUCCCGAAAUAUGAAUAAUGAGAUAACCAAGUAUUAUUAUAAAGGACCUAAGCUAUUUCCAAAAGAUUUUAAUCCAAAAUGUAUCGAAAUGAAGUUUAUAAUACCAAUUGAGGAUGUAGAAGAAGAGGAAAUUGUUAAAAAUAAGUCAAAAGGAAGAAAGUCGACAAGAAAAGUUGGAAAGAAAAAUAAUGUUGAACCAAAAAGUUCUAAGGAAUCGAUCACAAACUAUUUAAAACCAAUUAGUAAGAGAUCAAAGAAAAGCUUGGGAACAAAUGAUGAGAUAAUGGAAGUCGAUGAAGUUCCAAUAAUUAAUGAUAUUGAAAAAUUAGAUGUUAUUGAUUUAGGUGAAGCUAUUGAACCUGCUAAUAUAUUAGAUGAUCCUUUGAAACUUGUUAACAGAGAUAUAAAUUUCAAUGAAGUAUUGGACAAAUAUAAAUCAAGUGUUAAUGAGUUGAUAGAAAUUAAUGGAAUUAAGGAACGAAUUUAUCUCAAAAACUUAAUAGAUCUACAUGCUGAAAAAGAAAUGAAUACGUUUAUGAAUUUAAUAUCAUUUUUAAAUGAACCUGCGACCAAAAAGACUGAAAAUUUUGAACUUGAACCUGGAGAUAUUGACUUAUCAUUAGUGGAACCUGUUGAAAAUACAGACCAAAAGAUUAUAGAACGAAAUGAACGUUUAAAGCCAAAAAAGAGAAAAUUUAUGCCUGUGACAUCAAAGUUCAAUGAAUCAAAUGACAUUUUAAAAUCUCCAGAAAAAAGUCCGGAACCAAAAACUCAACAAUUCAAUUUUAAUUCGCCACUUCCAAUUAAAUUCGGUGAUCUUAGAAACUCAUCUACGCCAAUAAUAACCAGACAUUUCUCACCAAGAAUAUCCAAUUUGUCUUCGGAACUGAAUAAGUUUUCACCAAAACCUUUGCAGAAUUUUCCAUUGGAACAAACCAAAUUUUCGCCAUUGCCAAUUAGUCCAUUAAUUCGACAAUCGUCAGAUUUAAAUAAAGUCAAAGAUCAAAACAAUUUAGCCAAAUUUCUACAACCUCAAAAGGAUGUCAGUAAAACUGCUGUACAAAAUGUGUCCAAAAUUUCUCAUCUCGACGGUAAUGAAGAAAUUAAAAGGAAGUUUGAUUUCCUUGGAAUCAUGUCAAUUGAAGAUAUUUUUGAAGGAUGUGAUUCAUAUUUUGACUACAAUAAUAUUUCAAAAUGGUCAGAACCUGUCCAAAGUACUUCAAAAUUUACAGAAAAGCUUCAAAAGUCACCAAUUAAGGAUGAAGUUAUUGAUUGUUCAGUAAAUGAGUCAGCUACAGACAAUAUCCUUAAAAAGUUUAAUAUAAAAAAUAUCAAUGACCUUUUUGACUCGUCCAAUGAAGAAAAGUCUUUAAAAGAUAUAGAAAAAAAUAUUUUCAAUAACGAUGAAAUUGUUUCGAUUGGAAGUGACAACACACAAGUCUACGAUGUGGACGAAGAAAUAGCAAAAAUUGAAGAAAGCAAUCGACUAAUUCAUGAAAGUCGUUUAGUUCCACAUAAAAUAGAAUUUAGUGAUGAAGAAUAUCCAGAAGUAAUAGAAAGUUCACAAAAGGAAAAUUUGAUGCAGCCAUCGACCAGCCAUGAUGAUUCGUACCUGAAAAAAACUAAUUCUAAACCUAAUUUAUCUAAACUAAUGAGCUCAAUGCAAAGUAAUGGCAUACUUACAGCUAGGACACAAGAUAAUCGAUCACCUUCAACAUCACAAGUUCAAACACAAAAUGUUUUCACUCAAAUGAGAUUCUCGACACCGCCAAAUCAGGAAAUAACAAUUAGAUCUGAUGAAAGUACACCAGAAAUAAGCAACAAGUCAUCAUUCUACCAAAGAACACAAAAUUCAAGUCCAAUUACAUCUCGAUCAAUGGCUGAUCAAUUAGAAGCAAUCAAAUCUAAUUUCAAAAGUCCGGCUGUGCGACGAAAAAAUCUUCGAAAGAAAAGAUUACCACAUAGCAAGUUCCUACAAACACAAGCAGUUGUUGAUGAUCAUUAUGCAUCAUCAGACGAGCCAGAAGAUAAUGAUACAUCACUUAAUGAAUUUGUUUGUAAUGAUACUGUCGCACAUGAUGAUACAAUGAUGCACGCUAGAUAUCUUAAAAGUCUUCAAUCACCGUCUACAGCUAGGAAUGGUCGUUUUGUGUUAAAGCAAUUGCAACCUGCUAAUUUAAGUGAUAUUUAUUCACAAAUGCCACAUGACGAAGAAACAUUUGAAGACAGUGAUGACAGUUUGGGCUCAUUUAUUGUGGAUGGUGAGGUUGAAUCUGUUGAAUCAGAGUUUGAUGAAUUGGAAUUGGCAGAAAAUAUGUUAAAAGAGAAGCGCAGGAAGCGUAAAUUAAAACAUAAUUUUGGAGAACAGAAAAAGAAGAGAAAAAUUGUUAUGGCUGAUUCUGGGAGUUCUGAUGAAGAUCAUGAAUUAAUGAAAUUAAGAAACGAAGUGCUAGCUAAUCCUGAUUAAAAGCUUUAUUGAUGAGAAGCAGAAAUAAGAGACAUUAUGAUAAUUAAAAGAGAAAUAAAUCAAAGAAAAUCAAACAUAAAAAUUGGGAGAGUUUAGAUUUCCAAUUUUAAUUUUAAACAGAUUUGUAGGGAAAAGUUGGUUCCAAAACAUCAAAUCACCAGGAAAGUAAAAUGUAUUCGAUGCAAUCUUUAAUGUUAAUCUAGAAUAUUUG